UGCGAUCCUCUCGUGAGGCAGCUAAAGUCCUGCCUAAUGAAAUCAGACUGCGUUGUCAAGGAGGGCCAUCUGCCGAGCGAAUGUAUGAAAGAUCGGGUAUUGUUCGAUUCAUUACCGGAUGACUGCAAGCAUCUCAGGAAGGCCUUGUGGGAUUGUAAGCGA